ACAGCUGUAAAGCUACGAUGACCAAGAAAGUUAAACGGACACUCUCUAUUAUCCCAAUAUAUAGGCUAGUCACUGAUGACAGAACAGCUUAUGCUUGAAUCUACUCGUGAUUCUACUUGAACCGUAGCCUACAGCAAACGCAGAGGGGGGGAAUACUGGUUUUACAGCAACAAGCGUGGCUUAACCGACUGGGUCCCCAGCUGACAGUUCAGAUACACGUCGGUGUUGGGCUUCUGAGGUUGAGGUUUCUCAAGAAGUGGCUUUUUGGUCUAUUGGAGCGUCCCUACUCUGAACCCAGGGCAAGCCGGCGAGCAGGCUGACCGCCAGGGGGCAUAGGCACUGUGGGGGUUGCUUGUGUUCAGAGGCGGGGAACCAGCAGAUAGCUCAGCUCAUAAUGCUGAGUCGGGAGAUUUAAGAUAGAUGAGUAUUGAACAGCCAGUCUUGCAACUUGUUGUGCAUUGUGUAAGACAGCGGGACAUCGCAGAUAAAAGUCGCCCCUCUACAAACAAUUAUUUCCCUGAGGUGCAAUAAAGAGGAGCAAGAACAUGGAGAUUGGAUGGUGGAGUUCGUUCAGGCUACGUAAACUGCAAAAAGAGAGGAGUCACCUUAAAAUCAGAGGGAUGUCCACGUCUAGACGGAUGCUGGUUUGCGCUCUGGCUCUCACACUGUACAUGAUAGAAGUCGCGUCGUCAGAAACGCUCUGCGGAGGGGAGCUCGUGGACGCGCUGCAGUUUGUGUGCGAAGACAGGGGCUUCUACUUCAGUAGACCACUGAUCAGGAAUACCAGGUCACGUUCCCCGGGCCGAGGGAUUGUAGAAGAGUGCUGUUUCAGGAGCUGUGACCUUCUCCUUCUAGAGCAAUACUGCGCCAAGCCCGCUAAGUCAGAGAGGGACGUUUCGGCUACAUCUCUUCAGGUCAUACCAGUGUUGCCAGUACUAAAACCGGAAGUCCCAAGAAAACAUGUGACCGUGAAGUAUUCCAAAUAUGAUGUGUGGCAGCGCAAGGCCGCCCAGCGCCUCCGGAGGGGCGUCCCGGCCAUCCUGCGAGCCCGGAAGUUCAGACGACAGGCGGAGCGGAUCAAGGCCCAGGAGCAGGCGCUGUUCCACCGACCCCUCAUCACGCUUCCCAGCAAACUGCCUCCGGUCCUCAUGCACACGGAAAAGUAUGUCAACCACAAAUGAGUUUUUUGUUUUGUUUUUGGGAAACGUUUGCACAGGAGAAGAGUUUGAAAAGAAGAGGAAGAAAAAAACAGACUAGAGGAUUAAAGCUUUGUCUCUGACGUCAUCUCGGUGGCAGUUUUCUCCUCCCUGUCACCCCCCAAGCCCGAGACCCCCCCGAACCCCACCCCACCCCACCCAUACGUACAUGCUCACAUUCUUCCCCCAUCACUGUUCGCCCUCUGUCAUUCAAAACACAAAAGGACACAACAAAAACAACAGCAACAGCAAAACAAGAGAACAAAGAGUUAGCUGUGGAAUUAAGGCUGAAUGCAAUUCAGGUGGAUCCUUCAAGAGAAGAAGAGCAACACAGGAAGGAAGAUGGAAAAGUUGUAUGGCCUGCAAGUGUCAAGAUGAGACUUUGUUUUCUAUUGAUGUUUUUUGUGAUUUCCAAGGACACCAGAAUGUGCUUAGCAUGAAAGAAUCCAUUCCACACCAUUUUCCCAAGACAAAAGUAUCUCUUUUUAGUCCUUCUUCUGAUUAGUUUGCACCUAAACUAUAAAGGAACAUCCACACUGUAAGGAAUUAUUUUGUAAAAUUAGAUUCCUGUUCCAGCACCUUGUAAUCACAAACAAAAAGCAGAAAAGAGUCUGCAAAUUGCACAUUGCCACGGAUUACGUCAAAGUUCUUGUCAAGUAAAUAAAAAAGGCACUAUUUUUUUAUGGACUAUGAACGUGUAGCUCAAAAAAAUGUCAUGGUGCUAGCUUUGGGGAUGAACGAUAAGAAGAGGAGAUUGAAGCACGUUUUUUUUUUCCUUUGAAUAGUUAUUAAAACUUUCCGUUUUAAGGAAAGUGUGACUCUUUUAAAAAGAAGUGGAGAGAGAAUGAGGAGGGUCUAUAGGCUGAACCAGCGAGAGGGGGGACGUUACUGUUUGCGGUGGCAGUGGUGGUGCGUUGGUGCGUUCUGGUGCUGUGGUACACACACACACACACACACACACACACACACACCAGGCCAUGCUUCUGGUCCCGGCUGCUCCCAGGAGGCCUGCAAGCGCAGUGCACUGUGGGAUAGUGAGGGGAGGACGCCACGUCUGCGAAUGGACUACUCUUCCUGUUAGUGCUGCUGCGCCACAGUAUCUUACCUUGCACUUCAGGAAGUGAAACCUUAAAAGACAUGGAACAAGUGGGAUGUUUGUGUUUUCGUUUGUUGUUUUUUUGUUUUGUUUUGUUUUGUUUUUAUUCACUUUUUUUGUCCACAUCAUGGAAAUGUUUCAAGGAAAAAAAAAGAAAAAAAACUGUCAGUCUCUGGUACCGUGACAUUCCUGUUUUGGUUUUGCUCUCCUGAUUUUUGUGGUAAUGUUAUUUUACAGUUAUGAAGAAAGGCACAAAUUUCAAUUUCAAAGGGAAAAAACGCAAUAAUGUCAACUAACAAUAUAUUUUUAAUGUAUAUCAGUAGUAUUCACAUGCUUUUGCCUGAAAACAAAUACUUGAAUAUAUAUAAAUAUAUAUAAUUCGUUUCCAGGGACAUCAUGUUAUAUUCUUUUAGUCUGAGCUGUAUCAUGCGUAAUGAGCCGCAAAGCUUUUUUUGUUUGUUUAAAUACAAAUAAGGGCACUGUAUAAAGGCAUUAUUUAUUUUGUUAUAAAAAUAUAUAUGAAAAUUGGUCCAAAUAAUAUACGUAGCACUGAUGCUCAACUGACGGAUUUAUUUUAUAUGCUCUCUUUUCUUCCCGAUUUACUUGUAAUGCUUUUUGUAGAUGCUUUGUACCAAAAAUAUUUCCUUUUUUCCUUGUGGUUUACCACAGAGCGAUUUUAAAUGAAUAUUUCAACAGCAGCAGUAGCCUGGAUUGCUUAGGCAUGUUAUGUCACAAAAAUAGGCACAUAUUCUGAAUACUCUUUUCUGCAUGGCUCCGUGAUCUGCCAAAUAGGGUUUCUGCUAAAUGGAGAGGAAAAAACUCAAUGCCUGACUUCCAUCAAGUGCAGUAGCAACUAUCCAGACACACCUAUUCCGAGUAUACAUUGUACUCAACCCACUACAGUUUAAACCACUUCAGUAUCAAUCAUGGUGAUACAGUGAUACUAUCUGUAUAUCUGUUUUCCCCCUUCUUCUUUGUCAUCUUUUGCAGACUUUGUUGUGUAGAGAGAUAUGUGUUUCCUCUGCAGUAUGUGGCUGGGUAUGAGCAAUGGGCAGAUGGCAGUAGCUACUCUGUUUGCGGCACAGGGCCUUAUGUUGAAAGAGCAUCUCUGCUCCACCAUACCGUUGCCUCGUGGUCAUAUCCAGCCAGCCACUCUAGUCAGACUUCCUUUCAUAUGUGCCCUAGCUCAUAUAGAGGUGAUCAGUGCAUUCAUCACGGCGUGACAGAGAGAGAGUGUCAGCGUUCUCCAUCCACUCUCUCCUCUGAGUCUCUCUUAAUCUCUCUUUCCCAUCAACAACAUGCCCCAAAUGUUAUAAACUGCCUUUAACCCAGAAUGGGCUUGUCUCCCAUCCCGCCUCGCAUCAUGUGGAUUCGAUGAAGGGCUACCAUACUGAUCCUCAUCUUAAGCAGUUGAUAUACUCAGGAAACAAUAUGGUCCACCAGAGAGAUUCAAGAGAGACACUUGUGGGCCGUCACCUUCCACCUGCAGAGCAGUACGACACCUGUCGUGCUGCGCGACACUCAUUCCAUUUUUUUACCUGACGACUCGUUAAGGGUCCAGCAGAGUUCCGCCUGUGUUCAGCCUGUGUUCUGUCUUAUACUGUUUAAACUACCUGUUUUCUUAUUUGUCCUCAUUGUCGUGCUGAGCUGCACUUCCAGCUGCUUGAAGUCAUUGGUGAGCCGCUCUGCACCACUAGGCCACAUAAUAGCUGUGAUAGCUACAUCUGUUCAGUCGUCCCAUUUCAGUUGUAUAACAAAGCAGUGCAAUUAUUAUUAUUAUUGUUAUUAUUGUUAUUAUUAUUAUUAUUAUUAUUAGGAUAUCUCAUGUUUCCAGUGACAUUACAACAUAUUUCUUUGUAUGUUCUACUGCUAGGACUGCAUUCAUUUUUGUUGUGUUUGGCUACUACUCAAUUGAAUGGCGUCAAAGAAAACCUCUUUUUCUUUUUUCGCUGAAAUGAAGGGAUCUCUUUUUGCCUUUCAGUGGCAAGAUUUUAGUGUUGGUAGCCUUCUCAUCCUGUGCCAAUUUCAUUACUUUAACCUCUGCACGCUAGAACGUCCGAAUGCACAAUUCAUGUACUUUCAUUUUUAAUAUCAAUAAAAACAUUUUAUCAAAAGUC